GAGAAAAGUUCUGUUCCCUGCCAAAGUUCUCCUGUGCCAAACUGUUCUGCAAAGGAGAACACCCCAGUCCCCUUAGUGUACACACACGCACGCGGAUCCCACGCAGAUCCAAAGCAGGAGUCAGAACAGCACCUUCGCGUUUUCUAACAGCUCCCCGUUUUCUUACAAAGGAGGAAGAAGCAUGCACCUCCAAGGCAGUGAUGGCUCUCCAGAAGACCCUUUCAUUGCUUCUGCUCCUGUUGGUGACCCUGCUGGGGCUGGGGCUGGUGCAGCCCUCUUAUGGCCAGUCCAUGUACCAACGAUUCCAACGGCAACAUGUGGACACUAAACAGAGAGGUGGCACCAGUUCUUACUGCAACAAGAUGAUGCAAACACAGGGGAUGAUGAGGCCUACGUGCAAGCAAUUCAACACCUUCAUCCAUGCAGGUAUCAAGGCCAUUAAUAACAUCUGUAGGCACUCCAAUAUCCGGUGCAAGAAUGGCAAGAUGAACUGCCAUAAGGGUGGAAUGAGAGUCACAGACUGCAAGCUUACAGGAGGUUCCCCGGGAAACUGCAAAUAUCAGGGCAGGGGCAGCUUUAGGAGUGUUGUUAUCGCCUGUGAUGGUAAACCCCUGGUGCCUGUGCACUUUGAUGGAUAGAUGCUACCCUGAAGCAGUUAUGGCCCUAUGUUGACCUUUUACUUACUCCUUCAAUAGCAAUGAUUAAUGCAUUUGAGCUAUGUCUACUUCUUUUUCUCUAUACAAUCCAUUCUGUUAAGUGCAUCUAAGAGAAAUGGAGACAUAAACGUAUAAUGGGACUGGGCUUUCUGUAAUAAAAUUUUCUAUAAACUCCUGCUUCCUUUCAUAAUACUAAUCAGCUUAGCUCUCUCAAAUUCUAUCCUCUAGAAUUUCAUCAAUAUAUAUAUGAUAUUGAAUUUCACACAUUUUAAGGUAUUUCCAUCUUAGUUAUCUCAUUUUAAUACCACCGCACCCCUGUGAUGUUCAUGUUGUUACAAAAGGUGCCCAAAGUUAAAGGAUUUGCUGAAGAACAUGAAGAUAGUGGAAAAGAUGAAACAAAAAAAAAUCCAUUAAAAAAAUCAAUUUCAAUUGGCUAUUAAUCAGGCUUUUUCCUACUUCAUCACAGGGAGUGCUUUAAAAGUAACUGCUUUUUGAUAUUCUCAAAAUUCAGCUGUUGGGGCAAGCAUUAAACAUUUAGAAAUAUGAAUAGACAAAAUGAGAGCUCUGUCUGAAUAAUUUGGCAGUCUUGUUAUGUUUGUAUCUAGUAAGGUUAAGAAAUUAUACAGGAACUUUCUUUUUCUCUUUACAAACUUUUGAAUCAUAGUAGUAAGUUAGAGUGUUAACAAUGUACUAGAUCAUUAAGACUCAUUCUCUCUUCCUGACUCGAAAGAUUUUUCAUGUUUUCUUUGUAAUAAAGAACUCAAACUACA